CGGCAACACGCUCAUCCGCGAUAAAUCCUGCCAAAUCUUGCGUGACGCGGUCGGGAGGGUCCCCGUGCGGGACCGAUGCGCUCGACAGCGUGGUGGGAGGACUACAUCGAACCCGCCUUCUAUCGAUUGGAGAUAGAGUUCCGCUGGUCAGAAGCGGCCCCGUUCGGAGAAGGACCAGAGCACGCAGAGGACAGCGUGGAGCUUCUGAUCAUCCAAGCCUGGAGAACGGCGGAGCAGGGCGACCUGCUAGGAAUCGUAUUCGGGAAGGUGGAAGAGGGCAAUCUCACCUUGAUCACGGACGAAUUGCUGGUAUUUCUGACUCAGCUGGUGGACGAUCUGCCCCUGGACAUCUUGUCACACAGUGACAAGCAGCCUGGCACCCACGUGUUGUCUCGAACGCUCGAGCCGCACCUUGUGUGGUCCACGUGUACGGAGAUUGACGAGGACAAAUGUCUCUACCCCUCCCAGGCACUCUACUUGGAGAUCGACGUCACCGAUCUCACCUUCUGGGACCCGAUCGCGAGGAGAAACGCGGCGCAGGACGAGGAGAUAGGGGGAGCAGACGAAGAGGAGGAAGAAGAAGAGCCAUCGAGUGAAGAACACGACGAUCCAGAAAGAGAAGCAGGGAUAGCCGGCGGAUCGGGCCAGCCGAGCACAAAGAACGAAGGGGAGGAAGAACUGAGGAAGCGGAAGCGCCAGGAGACCCCGGAGGGAAAGCGACCCACGACAAACGAUCCAUUCAUCGGGGAUCCGUGGCGUGAUCCGGAGCCGCCAAAAGAAGGAGACGAUGGAACCGUAGCAGAGGGAUUGCGGAGAAGAAGAAGAAGAAGUGAAUCGCCACCUUCCUCCGGCUCCCCGUCCCGGACCUCCAUUCGUCUACAUCAAGAUCUCGGCGUUCAGGGUUCGUCCCAGUCAUUCUCUCGCCGACCCCGUGACUACCUCAUGCUUACCCGUCUUCCCGAUAGACCCCCAUUCCCUUGAUGGUUGGUGUCCUUUCCCCCAUCACCUUUUCUACCAUCUCUACGCUACCCGCCUUCUAGUCUCCGUUUAUCCGCAUGCCACCACCCGC